CAAGACAGCCCUGCCCUCCAGCACUAUCCACAGCAACCCCUCAACAGCAACAUUGUACCCAUCAGGUAAAGCAUCGGCUACGUUUGCUUUGCCUUGUUGCCCAUAUUAGAUUCUUGAUGAAUGUGUGUUGUUGUUAUUCAGCCUGGUUCAAUGUGCCCCUUUUUAACUUUGAGCACCCGCCCCUUUAAACCUCUCUGCACAGCCCUGAUAAGAAGAGCAGAACCACGCAAAUCAGCAAAUUCCUUAAAUACUGAACACAUUUGUGUGUGUGUUUCUGUUACUUUCACACAACUAAUUGCCUAAUUGCCUAUAGGUGCAAUUGGAAAAGGGUUAUGAUGAUAGUGAAUCUAUUGCAUACACGGUAAUAAAAACUCAAUCAGCUUUGUAUGUUUUAUUUUGUUCAUUCACAGUCUUUCUCAGUUGAAUAGGUUAUAAUGAAACGUAAGCUGAUAGUUGUGUCAUUUUAUACAGUCUUUUUAAUGUCUUUAGCUUCGUGGGAUUAUAAACUGAGAAAAGGGAAAAAAUAAAUAAUGUGCGGCAAAUAAUCUCAGGGCUUUUGCGACAUCUGCCGGUGAGUUGGACAACCUGCAGUGCGUGAUGACGUCUGACCGUCAGUUUCCCAGGCAGCAGCGGCCUGAAACUUUCGUUUGGCGAAGAUGGCGGAGGCGCUGUCGACAGAUCUGGGUGAAGAGAAGGAGAAGGAGGACAGCGAGAGGGAGAAGAAGGCUGCCACAGCGGGGAAGAACAAGGAGAAAGACGGAGUCACGGAGACGCUGGGAUUUAACGAUAAAAAUGGCGCUAGCAGGGGAAAGAAGAGCAACCUGUCAGACCUGUCUCUGGUCAGAUUCAUAACUACUGAGCUCACCAGAGGUUACUUCCUAGAACACAACGAGGCCAAAUACACCGAGCGCAGAGAGAGGGUCUACACAUGCCUCCGCAUCCCCAAAGAACUGGAGAAGCUGAUGACAUUCGGCUUCUUCCUCUGUCUGGACGCCUUCCUCUAUGUGUUUACGCUGUUGCCCCUCAGGGUGAUUCUGGCCCUGUUGCGACUCUUCACAGUGCCAUGUUGUGGUCUCAGCGGCUCCCGCUUGCUUCAGCCAGCCCAGGUGUGCGACGUACUCAAAGGCUUCAUUAUGGUGCUGUGUUACUCAAUGAUGAGCUACGUGGAUUACGCCAUGAUGUACCAUCUCAUCAGAGGACAGUCUGUCAUCAAACUAUACAUCAUCUACAACAUGUUAGAGGUGGCGGACCGCCUGUUCUCAUCAUUUGGCCAAGACAUACUGGACGCUCUGUACUGGACCGCCACAGAACCCAAGGAGAAGAAGAGAGCGCAUAUUGGCGUGAUUCCUCACUUCCUCAUGGCUGUUCUCUACGUCUUUCUUCAUGCCAUCCUCAUCAUGGUUCAGGCCACAACUCUCAAUGUAGCUUUCAACUCCCACAACAAGUCCUUGCUCACCAUUAUGAUGUCAAACAAUUUUGUUGAGAUCAAAGGGAGUGUAUUUAAGAAGUUUGAAAAGAACAACCUUUUCCAGAUGUCAAACAGUGACAUAAAAGAGAGGUUCACCAACUACAUCCUCCUGCUCAUCGUCUGUCUGAGAAACAUGGAGCAGUUUUCAUGGAAUGCCGACCACUUGUGGGUGCUGUUUCCUGAUGUAGUCAUGGUGAUAGCCUCAGAGGUUGCCGUGGAUGUUGUCAAGCACGCCUUUAUCACCAAAUUCAAUGACAUCAGUGCUGAUGUAUACGGGGAAUACAGAGCCAGCCUCGCCUUUGACCUGGUCAGCAGUCGACAGAAAAAUGCGUACACAGACUACAGUGACUCAGUAUCCAGGAGAAUGGGCUUCAUCCCGCUUCCUUUAGCGCUGCUGCUGAUCAGAGUGGUGACCAGCUCAGUGAAGAUCCAGGGGUCGCUCUCGUUUAUGUGUGUGCUGCUGUUUUACUUGGGGAUGAUCACUCUGAAGGUUCUCAACAGUAUCGUUCUCCUGGGAACUUCCUGUGUGUUUGUCAAAGAGGCCAAUAUGGAGGAAAAGCUCUUUAACCCUCCGCCUUCUGUCGCCUCCAGCCGUGCAAACUCUAGAGCUCACCGGACAAAACAUGUUCACGUUUCACCGCAGCAAGAAUCCACAGCUGACAAAGGAGAAACUUCUCUGCCGUCAGACAUCUGUCAGCCCACCAACACAGCAGAAAACGCUGCCCCCUCCUUCCCGAAGAGUGACUCAGACACAUUCCUGACGACUCCUGACGAGGAGGACGAUGACAAAAUCAUCAACGCUGACACGGGACUGGAAGGAGGCGGACUUGCACACCGACCACCCAAGAAAGACCUGCUGGAGAUAGAUCGCUUCACCAUCUGUGGCAACCGAAUAGACUGAAGGACCAGUGUAGCAAUCCUGGCAACACUACAGGGUUCAGGGAUCAGACAUGGGUCAUGGAGCAUGCUCAGACCGUACUUACUUUUGUGCACCUGACCCCUCAAGUAUUUAUUUAUUUAUUGACUGACAAAACCAGCAAAGGCAUAAAGCUGUUACUACAAGCAUCCGAGGCGGCAUCAGACGUUUCCAGCUGGUCCUGCCUGUGUCUGAUGAGCCAAGCGGGCUCUGGCACUGGGUCAGAGGCCUGGCGGUGACGCACUCGCUGAUGAAGACAGCAUGUAAAACACGGGAGGAGCAGACUACAGAGAGAAAUCUGCGUAUGUCAAAUCACGUGUGUUCAGAAGCACAAUCAGUAAGAAGCUGUUUUUAGAAAGAACAAAAGUUUUUACUAGUUUUUUUUAAUUAUUCCAAAAAAAAGGCUGAUGAUAUUUGAAAUGAAGUUUUUAUGACAGGUUUCAAAUCUUUUUUCUAAAUUGAAUCACAAUCACAUGGAAGGAUUCAAAUCAUGAAGUUAUUCUGCAGACAGAAGCUCUAACACACACACACAGAGGUUGAUCUGAGGUGAUGAGGUGAGCUGCAGUCCCAGCAGGUUAAAUAUGGCAGCAGUGACACUAAGAAUGGCUUUGCUUGGCUGCAUCAGCUUCAGUUGUAAUGUUUGGUUUGGUAACUUAAGAGAUAUAAAAAGUUGGAAGGCUUAAUGUCAUUUGUGUUGGUAUUACCUUAAAGCACUGAGAUGAUGGUGCAGAUUUGUAUUUAUUUUGAGAUGGCCUACCAGGCCUGACAGGUGUGACUUAUUUAUGUGCUUAAUUUGUACCUUUUUCAUUGAAGCAUGUGGCCUACAGAUAAUAGUGGCGACACAUCACAGGCAUAUGACAUUUUCUUCUGUUUGCUUUUUGAUGUUGGAAACUGAUCUGACAUGUUUUCUCAUUCCUCGCUAUCUGAGUGAGAGUGGAUGUGAAAAUCACAUGAAAUGCUUCAUUGUAUGCUGAUUUCU